UUUAUAUGCAACAGCAAGCGAAUAUCACAGCAAUCCAUCCAUGAUCGAUGCAUCUAUUAGAUGGAUGGAUGGAACGAGACAUGGUUCGCCAGCACUGCAAUUCGAAGCAUUCCCAAAAGAAAAAUUUACUGACUCCUAAUUACCGUCAUUCAGAAAUGUCUGCUGAGGAAGAACACGUUGCUGUUGACGCCCAAGAAAUCGAGGUUGCUGCUGAUGCCACCCAAGGACAAAUGUCCGUUGAAGAGGCUCUCCAGGAAGUUCUUCGUCGCGCUUUGGUCCACGAUGGUCUUGCCCGUGGUCUCCGUGAAGCCGCCAAGGCUCUCGACAGACGUCAAGCUCACCUUGCUGUCCUCGUUGAGACCUGCACUGAGAAGGAGUACAUCAAGCUCGUUGAGGCUCUUUGCGCUGAGCACAACAUCAACUUGAUCAAGGUCUCCGAUGCUAAGAAGCUCGGUGAAUGGGCCGGUCUCUGCAAGAUCGACCGUGAGGGUAACGCCCGUAAGGUUGUUGCUUGCUCCUGCGUCGUUGUCAAGGACUUCGGUGAAGAGUCCGAGGCCAUGAACGUUCUUUUGGACUACUUCAAGACCCGUUAAAAAGUUUUGUUUUCUUUCACAAAAAUAAAAUUAUAAAAAGACGUUUAUCGGUCUAAUAUCCUAAAUCUAUCAUAUUUUAACGUGGAUGGAGUAAAUGCAAUGGGUCGAGUAGUGUUAGAAACGUCGAGUUGUAUACAUUCAAGUAACAGCGAUAAUGGCCGUUACACUUUUCUUAACUACAUUGCAUUCAUGAGCUACAUAAUCAGCACCAAUAUACGUAUAGGCCUUCACGU